CUCCUCGCGCGUGCGUGCUGCGCAGCUGCUGCGAGGCGCCGAGGGGAGGUGCUCUGCUGCCAGCUCUGCCGCUGGGACCCGUUAGAGCGGAAGCGCCACCGCCGCCGCCUUCGCUUUCCCGGGGCUACUGGUUCCCGGCAGGUGAAGGCGGGAGCCAUGUCGAAGCGACUUCGGAGCAGCGAUGUGUGUGCUGACUGUAGCGGGCCGGAUCCUUCCUGGGCAUCAGUAAAUAGGGGAACUUUUAUAUGUGACGAGUGUUGCAGUGUCCAUCGGAGUCUAGGGCGUCAUAUCUCCCAAGUAAGGCAUCUUAAACAUACUCCAUGGCCUCCUACACUUCUUCAGAUGGUUGAGACCUUGUAUAACAAUGGUGCUAAUUCUAUAUGGGAGCAUUCUUUGCUGGACCCUGCUUCUAUUAUGAGUGGAAGAAGAAAAGCUAAUCCACAGGAUAAAGUACAUCCCACUAAAGCAGAAUUCAUCAGAGCCAAGUAUCAGAUGUUAGCAUUUGUCCAUCGCUUGCCCUGCCGGGAUGACGAUAGUGUCACUGCCAAAGAUCUUAGUAAGCAACUCCAUUCAAGCGUGAGAACAGGGAAUCUUGAAACGUGUCUGAGACUGUUAUCUUUAGGAGCCCAAGCUAACUUCUUUCAUCCAGAAAAAGGAAAUACACCACUCCAUGUUGCCUCCAAAGCAGGGCAGAUUUUACAAGCUGAAUUAUUGGCCGUAUAUGGAGCAGAUCCGGGCACACAAGAUUCUGGUGGGAAAACUCCUGUUGAUUAUGCAAGGCAAGGAGGGCACCAUGAGCUGGCAGAGCGCCUUGUAGAGAUACAGUAUGAGCUGACUGACAGACUGGCCUUCUAUCUCUGUGGCAGGAAACCAGAUCACAAAAAUGGACAGCACUUUAUAAUACCUCAAAUGGCAGACAGACGGCUCAGCCUGGAUUUGUCUGAAUUGGCAAAAGCUGCUAAGAGGAAACUUCAGUCUCUAAGUAAUCAUUUGUUUGAAGAACUUGCCAUGGAUGUGUACGAUGAAGUUGACAGGCGAGAGACUGAUGCAGUCUGGCUUGCCACGCAAAACCACAGCACCCUGGUAACCGAGACAACCGUCGUCCCCUUUCUUCCGGUCAAUCCUGAGUACUCAUCAACACGAAACCAGGGCAGACAGAAACUAGCUCGGUUUAAUGCCCAUGAGUUUGCCACACUAGUCAUUGACAUUCUCAGUGAUGCCAAGAGGAGACAGCAGGGAAGUCCUCUCUCUAGUUCAAAAGACAGUGUGGAGCUUAUCCUGAAAACAGUCAAUAGCCAGCACAGUACUGAGAGUCAGGACAACGACCAGCCAGACUAUGACAGUGUGGCAUCAGAUGAAGACACAGACUUGGAAACCACUGCAAGCAAGGCAAACCGGCAGAAGAGCCUAGAUUCAGAUUUAUCAGAUGGACCAGUCACUGUACAGGAAUUUAUGGAGGUCAAAAACGCUCUAGUGGCUUCUGAGGCCAAGAUACAGCAGCUAAUGAAGGUGAAUAACAACUUGAGUGACGAGCUGAGAAUUAUGCAGAAAAAGCUUCAAACACUCCAGAGUGAGAAUUCCAGCCUCAGGAAACAGGCCACAACCAAUAUAUAUCAGGUGCAAACUGGUUCUGAGUACCCAGAAACUUCCAGCCACUCUUCCUUAAAGCGACGUCCAUCUGCCCGGGGCAGUAGGCCCAUGUCCAUGUACGAGACGGGAUCAGGUCAAAAACCAUAUCUCCCAAUGGGAGAAGCGAACCACCCAGAGGAGAGCAGGACAAGACUCCAGCCCUUCCCUGCACAUAUCGGGAGGAGUGCGCUUGUGACCUCCUCUUCAUCUCUGCCUUCCUUCCCCUCCACACUUUGCUGGUCAAGGGACGAAACCACCCGAAGGGCUUCCAGGCUGGAGAAACAGAACAGCACCCCUGAGAGUGACUAUGACAACACUCCCAAUGACAUGGAGCCAGAUGACAUGGGGUCAGGUCGAAAGGGCAGGCAGAGGAGUAUGGUGUGGCCAGCUGAUAGCUCAGUACCAGAUGCAACAGAACCCCACACAUCCCCAAGCCCCACACUCCCCAGCACCGAAGACGUCAUCCGGAAGACUGAACAGAUCACCAAAAACAUACAGGAACUCUUAAGAGCAGCCCAGGAAAAUAAACAUGACAGUUAUAUUCCCUGCUCAGAGAGGAUACAUGUAGCAGUUACAGAAAUGGCAGCAUUAUUCCCCAAAAAACCCAAGUCUGACACAGUGAGGACUUCCCUUCGUUUACUGACAUCCAGUGCCUACCGGCUGCAGUCAGAGUGCAAGAAAGCCCUCCCAGGGGACCCUGGCUCACCCACCGACGUCCAGCUGGUCACACAGCAGGUCAUCCAGUGUGCCUAUGACAUUGCCAAGGCCGCCAAACAGCUGGUCACCAUCACCACCAAAGAGAACAACAACUGAGCAGCGGAGCACUAUCCCGUGUAUUUUCUGGGCUUUUUAAAGUCUGAUUUCAGAUUUAGACAUGGAACUCUUCAGAUUUUUACAAAAACAUUUAAUGACAGUUCAAAACUUUUUAAAAGAAAACUCAGUAUUAUUUUUGCAUGUUUUCUAACAAAUUUUUGACUAUUAAUUUAACCCACUUGCCUUAUUUCGUGCCUGUUUACCAGUUCAGUUUCUGAUGUCCUGUUGUGUUGUCUGUGACUAUUGAGGUCAUGAUCGUAUGCACCCAAAAAUAGUUCCAUUGCUCAAAAUUUGUUAAAACUUUUCCAUCCCUUAAAACUUCCUGCCUAUGGAUAAAACUAUAAAUGAGAUAUUUUAGUAAAACAUUUUCUUGAAAGAGUUGGAUUUUAAAAAAAAAAAAAAAUCAACAUUACCUGUUCCGUACGAAGCAUUGUGCAAUAAGUGAAUUUUUCAUCCUGCAAAAUCUCUUUAAGUUUGGGGUAUCUCCAAGCAUGUAUGCAGAGAAAGGACUUUGCCAUUUUCUAAAAAUAGUGUAACAACCUCUGUUGGAGGAAACAAUGAAUUGCUCCAUUUCUAAUUGUUGUAUCGUGUUAAAUGUUCUGUUAGGUUUUUUUAAUCUUGAUUUUCUGUUUCUAUUUUACCAUCAUCUUAAAGUCUCCAUAGAAAGAUAGAUUCGCCCUCCUCAUCAUGUCCCGUUUACCACGGUUCAGGGUAGGAGCACACCCGUCAUCUGUCACCCAUUGUCAAGCACUCUGCCUUACCCGCUAAGCCAGACAGUUCGUUUAGAACGUAUGGCAAAGAGAAGCAUCAAUCUAACAAGCCAUAACUGAUUUUGUACCACCCAUUCAGGUAUCACUGCCACGAACUGACAUUGCAUUGUGCCUCUCUUCCAAAACUCAGUUACUCCCUUAACCACUGACAGCUUCCUCAGGUGAGCUGCUUCGCAUGUCCCAUCAUCUGUAAGGACUUCUAAGGUAAGAUGUAAACAAACAAUCAUCCGAGUUAGUUUCUCCCCGUUACGUUGCUGGUACUUAGCAACCAGUCAUGAGAGUUCUUUCAAGAACUCCGUGGAGAGUAUGCCUGCCUGACCACAGCUGUCCCAAAGCUAUGAAAGAGUAGAGGUCGAAAUCUAGAAUAUGCUGAGGCUGUGUUUUUAAAUUGCUCAGAAGCCCUUUCUUGUUCUCUUAGACCAUAUUCUUGUCCUGCUCGUUGCAGGGGUCUUGUGUGAGGUGGCUCAGUCCUUGACCUGAUGGAGCAGGCAAUGUGCUUAUGAAGUGAGCCCAGUGCACAGCAGGGGGCAUGAGUUGGGGGCAGGGAGGCCAUCUGGGGAGCCCUGGCCACCCAUUAAGGACAACAGUUUCCCCACUCCACUCAUGUUGCCAGUGGAAAAACUUUGAUUUUUUUUUUCAAGAGACACCAGAAAUCUAAGUACCUCUAAUUAAAAAUGUUGGCAACCACUCCGGACAUGUUCACAGAAACUGCACAGGUGAGCUGUGACCUCUAAGCUGCCACUCACAGCUCCCAUGCAGGGCCUAUAAGCUGUGCAGCAUAAGGGCCUCAUCUCCCCAGCCAUACUGCAUUCACCCCUGAGCGGGACCUGGCAGACUGCCAUUUACCCUCUGUUAAAUUGCCUUUGGCCCUCUUUUUACCCAUAUAUUCUGUCCCACAGAGUCAUUCAUGAAGAAGUCAAAAUGAUCAAAGUACUGGUCAUCUCCUCAUGUGCUGACCAAGCCUCUGUCUUCAGACUUGACUGAUGAACACCUUUACAGGUUGAUCAUACACUGUCAUUGAACAUAGCACCACUAUGGUGCUGGGUUUACUAGGUCACGGUGUGUGCUGCUCUGGCUUGCUAUACUGUGAAGAGCAUGGGACAAGGGUCACCUCUCCAACAGACUCGGCCACUGACAUGUCCACACAGCCCUAAGUGCUGCAUCACUGUUGGAUGCUCAGGAGAUGCCUUCUAGAAGGGGCCUCCUACCUUAAGCUCAACCACUGCCUGACACCUUUGUCUGCAUGCUUCAUGGACUUAACUGUCCCUCUUCUUCCUUGCAAACACCUGGCCCCUCUGUCAGGCUCCCCAGGGUCCUUGAGAAAGGCCCAGUGGCAAUCCUGAGCCAGUGCCCCUGGCUUCCCAGGGAGGACAGGUCUCUGUUACAGAGGCUCUGGGAAGGGAGUAGUGGGCAGUACACCCAAGUGCCUGCAGCAGAGAACAUUGUCCUUAACGCCCCUAGGUGAACUCAAGGAAUGUAGGGACUAACAAAGUAUUUAUAGCUGUGAGAACACCACAGAAGAGUUUGCCCGGUGAACCUGUAGUGCCAGACUCAGACAGGAGUUCCCAGGUGGAGCAAAGGCAGUGGGAGGGCCACAUGUCCCACACAUUUCCAUAGCCUCGGCUGAGACCUGGUGUCAGAGUUUUCUGCUCCUAUUGGCAGGUCACACCUUGUCUGCAUGCUUGUUCCAGCCCCUUUUGCACAUGGAUCCCAUUGCCUUGCACAAGCCACUCUACAGCCUGUCUUGUGUUUUUUCCCCCUUUCUUCCCCGAAACUGAUGGGACAGAGGUGCACUUUAUGAGCUGGCACUUGGCUAAACAAGGAAGCAGCUCUACCUCUGAGCUCCUUGGCACCGAACUCAUCUUCCACUUUGGAAUGCAGAUAGUUCCUCCUUGCCAAAGAACAAUGCAGUGGGCCCAAAGAUCAAGGACAGCAUUUCAUAAAAUUGGAACUUGAAACGCACAACUCAGGAGCUGCUUCCCAGUCCUCAGGUGACAUGAGUCGUAGACUCGAGAGUGAAGCUGCAUGUUUUUAUCCUCAGCAGUCCCUGUGAGCUUCCCGAUAGCCCAUUUUCUUUCCUUCCUUGUCCUAGUUGAGGAUAACCCUUGUUCUUACAAAGGAAAAUGCUGCAUAGGAAAAAUGAGAUGCCUUUUAUUCAAAUGUGUUUUAUGCCUGUCACUCAUUAUUCUGUACUUAUUUCUCAUUUUUAUUGUACAUCCUGUUCUUGUAAUUAUUGGACCCGUCACAUAUUGUAAACUCGUUUUGGAAUCUGUGCCUGCUAGUUAUGCAAUAAACAGGCUCUGUAAGUGUC